GCCCUGGAGAGGGGCAUGGCCAGAGAGGAAGAGCAGGAAGCGGGUGCCGCCGGCGGAGGAGGGGGCGGCGGAGGAGGGGGCCGCGGCGGCGGGGAGCAGUGGGAGGUGCCCGCCGCCUCUUUUCCCGCAGGCCGCGUCCCGCCAUCGACCCAAGCAGGAGCCACGCUGCGCUUCGGGCUGGUCCCAUCGGAGUUGCACGCGCGGCUGCUGGACCAGCACGACUACCGAGGCCGCGUGGGCGCCAUGGAGCAGCUAAAGCGGGUUUUGGGCGAGGCGCCGGGCGCGGCCUUGGCCUGCCUGCCGCCACCUAGCCUCCUUGGGCUGCUCAGCCUGUUGCGGGCGCUGCUGGACGACUCUAACUUCAAGGUGGCGUUGGGUGCGCUGGAAGGGCUGCGGCUGCUUGCUGUUCGCCUAGGCCCGGCCGCGGGAAGCCGGUCCCGCUUGGAGCCGUUGGUGGCGGCCGCGGCUAAGGUGCUGGGCGACGCUAAGCUGGCCAUCCGCCAGGAGUACCACCAACUCUUUCUGGGCCUGAUGCGGGCAGCCGGCCCUCAGCCCGUGCUGGAUCUUCUGCUGCGCCCCGAGCACCUGCAGCAUCGCAAUUCCCGUGUCCGAGAAGUUGUUCUGGCCAUCUCCAUCGCUGCUCUCCUCACCUUUCCUAGCGAGGAUUUCGAGCUCCCUAAGCUGGUGGCUGCGCUUGCCCCUGCUCUGGCGGACAGCAAGCGCCGGGUUCGUCACGCCGCCCUAGAGGCUUUUGCUGUGUUAGCCUCGGCCCUGGGUCCCGGUCGCACCAGCCUCAUCUUCAAGGCUGUGGACGUUGUUGAACUUCAGGAUAAUUGUGAAGGAGUUAUGAGUGCUGUGCAGGCCCGGUUGGCAAGAAAAACCCUUCCCAAGCUGACGGACCAGUGGUUUGUGGAGUAUGCUGUUCCCCUGCCUUCCUCAGCAAAUGGGCGCGGCUUCCAUUUGCCCCAUGGAGCGGACACAGAUUGGCUCCUGGAGAGCAACCGUAUCCAGAGUGCCCACAGCUACUCUGGAGAGACUGCUGGGUCUUUUUCCCCUUUUGCAGAUCAAGGAGUAUGUCCCCGGCGGGUGUUAAGUGCUGGGAAAGGGAAACUGCCUUGGGAGAGCGAAAGACCUGGGAACCAAACUUGUUUUGUGAAAGGAAGUGAACCAUGCUCGACAUCAAAUGAUUUUCUUCACUCUCCUAAAUUAAGACCUUCUCAAGGUGUGAUGGCCUCUCAUCAGCCACAUAUUUCAGGAAAGUGCAGUCUGCUUGGUUUCUCUCAUAGCCGUGGCAAGAGUGGUAGUGUGGAUUCUGACCUACAGUUUCUAGGACUUAGCAGUCCGUGGCAAGAUAAAGUGUGUACUAGCCUCAAUUUUACCAACAAGCCGCAGCGGACCUUUUGUAGCCCACCUGAGCAUACAUCUCCUCUCCUGGGCUGUCAUACUAGCCAAGGAGCAUUCAUUCUUCCAUCCUACCCAUUUUCAUCACCCAGGCAGAGUCCAAAGCACACCUCUCCACCAACAGAUUCACUUAAGAAAUCACAAGAUCAUGCUGUUAAUUUCUCUAAUUCCUGGCCUCUUAAGAGCUUCGAAGGGCUUCCAAAACCUACACAUCAGAAGAAGUUUUCCAGCCCAAUAUCAGGAGAGGAAGCAGAGGUGAAGCCUCAAGAUACUCCUUCUCCUAUUCAGCUGAAACCUGCCUUUGUGAGGUCCCCAGCUUCAAGGAGAGGCCUGAGUGGAACGAAGCCAGUGCCUCCAAUCCCCAGGGGGGUGAGCCCCUUGCCUGAUAAAGCAGAAAUCAGUUCAAUGGGACAAAAGAAUGGGGAGCCAGAAGACAUCUGGCUAAGUGAAAGGGAUAAGAAAUUGGCCACUGAUCUUUCAGAGUUAAACAUCAAUGAAAAAGAGUUUGAUGAGGAAGAGAUGCAUAGUUCUCUUCGGUCUCUUCGUAAUAGUGCAGCUAAGAAGAGAGCAAAGUUGAGCGGCAGCACUUCUGAUCUUGAAAGCCCUGACUCCGUACUGAAGCUUGAUCUAACUUCAGAGUCCCCUUCCUGCUUGUCAUCUCCAAGUACUAGCUCUUACAGUGAAAGUGGAGUUUAUAGCCUGGAGUCUGUAACAUCCCCACUCUCUACAGCCCCUCAAGGAUUAAGAACAAUAUCAGACAUCUUUUCUCUACCUGGAGGUAAUUCCCGCCCCACAAAGCUCUCACCUGCACGGAAUCGAGGUUCUAUCAUUGUGGAGCAGAGUCCCAGUACAGGAACAAUGUUUCAUGAAAAAGCAACUUCCUGUGUGAGUGUUAGUGGCCAGCAUCUGAGCUGGGGAAAUGGAUCAGGAGAUUAUGAAGAUGACAGACAGAAAGUUUUGUCUCCUGCCAUUCUGAAAGGGCAGAGCAAAGAGUAUCAAAGGCAUUGUAAAUCCACAAAAGGAUUUACGGGGCCUCCUUCAAGUUUACAGCAGUUGAGUAGUCUAGAAUACAUUUCACCGAGUGCCUUGUCAGAAGACUCUGUAGUUAUUGUUGGAAAAGGAGUGUUUGACAGCCCCACUUCAGCUCCAACGUAUGGUCAGUCCAUAAUAUUCUCAAUGGAGAAUGGAGAUGCACCUUCGUUCAAACCAAGAAUGGAACCUCUUUCUGGGAUCUAUGGGAGAGCUGUCCAGCAGCAAAGCUCUGCACCUUGCCUAGAUGUGGAAAAUGAAAGAGAUAUGAAAGUUGCCUUAUCCAAAUCUGCCCGAGAAAAGAUGAGACAGAAGAAGAGAGAGGAAAAAGAGCACCAGCAAAUUAGAGAUCUGGGAAAAAAGGAAUCCAACCCUUGGGAACUGCUCAAGAUCAGUGAAUCAGAAAAGAUGACAACAGAAAGCAGAACUGUUGCUUUCAGUCCUUUGUUGAAAAGAACAUCAAGUAUAAAAAAGACACAACCUUUGAUCUUGCUAGACUCAGUUGCAGGUGAAGACUCUCCAGGUCCACAAAUGCAGUUCAAGGAUCGGACGUUACCUGUCACACACAGUGCAGAAAUAAUGGAACCAUCAGAUUUGAGACCCUUCCCCAAACCUGAAGUUGCUCUUUUGGAAGCAUUGCAGUUUCUUGCUGAUAAUGAUUGGGAGAAGAAAAUUGAAGGCCUGAAUUCAGUUAGGUGUCUUUCUGCCUAUCACUCUGAUGCUCUAACUGCAAAGCUGCAUGAAACUAGUCUGGCUGUUGUUCAAGAAGUGAAAAAUUUACGUUCUGUUGUUUCCCGAGCUGCGGUUGUUUGUUUAGGAGAUUUGUUCAACUACCUGAAAAAGAGCAUGGAUCAAGAACUAGAUAAUACAGUUAAAGUCCUUUUGCAUAAGGCUGGGGAAUCAAACACCUUCAUUAGGGAGGACGUUGACAAAGCACUGAAAGCUAUGGUUAAUAAUGUGACUCCUGCGCGUGCUCUUUCUUCUCUGAUCAAUGGAGGUCAAAGCCACUUAAAUACAGCAGUAAGAAGAUGCACAGCCCAACACUUAUCUGACGUUGUAGAGCACAUGGGACCAGGACGUAUAUUGUCUGGCAUUAAGGAUAUAACUGACAAGAUUUUGUCUGCUGUGGCCAAAUUUGUCCAGGAUGGUUCACAAGAAACAAGAUACUAUGGGCGAAAGAUGCUUUUCACUUUGAUGACACAUGCAGACUUCGAUAAAAUGCUUGAAAAGCAUGUGCCGCCAAAGGACUUGCCUUAUGUUAAAGAGACAGUCAGCAAUCUGCGUCACAAGGGGCUUGGGGAGAUGCCAAUAGUUACACCCUCAGCCAAAGGAAGGCGUUCUCAUACUGGCAACAUAGACAGUUCAAGAUCAAACAUGUCACGUGAAGUACUCAGUGCAAGUGACAGAGAGAUUAGAGAAAUUCGUGACAUGUCCAGGAAAUUAGUUCCUCGCAAUGCUUUGGAAAGUGCUGAAUAUGUAAAGCUUAUAACAACUUUACUGAAUGCAAAAGAUUUCCGUGAUCGAAUUAAUGGAAUUAAACAACUGUUAGCAGACACAGAGAACAACCAAGACCUUGUUGUUGCGAACAUUGUGAAGAUCUUUGAUGCCUUCAAGUCUCGCUUACAUGACUCAAACAGCAAAGUCAAUCAGGUUGCUCUAGAGACCAUGCACCAGUUGAUUCCUCUGUUGAAAGAGAAACUAUCUCCUGUUAUCAACAUGUUGAUUCCUGCCUUGGUUGAUAACAAUCUGAAUUCUAAGAACCCAGGCAUCUAUGCUGCUGCCACCAAUGUCAUCCAGGCUCUUUGUCAACACUUAGACAAUUAUCUGCUUCUCCAGCCAUUCUGCACAAAGGCCCAAUUUCUGAAUGGAAAAGCCAAACAAGACAUAACUGAAAAACUAGCUGAGCUCGUUGUUGAGCUGUAUCCACGGAAGCCUCAUGCAGUGGAGCAGAAAGUCUUGGUGGUUUUGUGGCAUUUGUUGGGCAACAUGACGAACAGUGGCUCCUUACCUGGAGCUGGUGGAAAUAUUCGGGCAGCCACUGCUAAACUGUCAAAAGCACUUUUUGCACAAAUGGGUCAGAAUCUGUUGAUCCAAGCUGUGUCUCAGCCCCCACACAUAAAAAGAACUCUGGAGGAAUUCCUUGACCAAACUACCUGAAGCAGACCCUGAUAUGGAUAUAAAGGUUAUUACAGGUUCUGGAUAACAACAUAGUUUUACACGGGCUGGAGUGGAUCAUUCUCCAGCAGCCUGCCUUUAUUAAGUUUGCGCUUUUCAUGCAGAAAUGAAAUUGGAGUGACUGCUUUUAAUGACCAACCAUUUAGGACUAUUUUUCCAGUUUGAGUCCUAGGCUGAAACCAAAAUCAGUACGGCACUUGCAAACUUCCUUCCUCUCCUGGUGCUGUUCCAAGAUUCUAUAGAAUUGGGAUUGGAUGUCUGUGAAAGCAAAGUCAACUCUGCUUCUUUGCACUCUUUUUGACUUGGUGGCAUGGUGCCCUGUGUGUACUAACGAAGAUGAAAUUUAGAAAUAGUUUUAAUCAUGAAAUCAUGUUGUGACAUGUCUUCUCAUAUAGCCUUAAAGGGGGGGAAGGGACUUUGGAGAGACAUGAAGAACAGGGUUCUGUCUGAUAUUUGUGAAAAAAAUGUAUUUAAAAAUCAGUCCCACUCAUGAUUGUGCAGUGUUAGCUUGCUUUUGCUGCUGUUGAUGUAUUACAUCUGCUUGACAGUUGGGCAUAAUUAACUGCACAUUGUUGUAAAACUUUGACAAGGUUUUAAUGAAGCAUGUUGACCAAAAUUUAUAGAAAAUAAUUUUUUUACAGAUUUUGAACACAUCUUAAAAGAGAUGGCACGUGUUGCAUAUAGCUUCCAUAUUUUAGUGUGAAAAAUAUUACUGAAUUUUAUCUGUCCAAAAUUUAUAAAGGUGUUAACUUUUCUGACCUUAUGUGCAAUCCUCAGCAAUAUAGUGCCAGUUCUGCUCUCAAAAUAUGACACCUACAAGUACUGUAUUAUCUGAAAGAAAGUUAUAAAAAUAAAUGGCUUUAUUUCUGUAAAUAA